AAUAACAAAAACCUCAUUACACCAAAUUGUCAUUUACCCUCUAUAAAGUAACAUCCCAUCUCCCAUCUUCUUGCCUACUUCAACCUACAUACAAAAUUCCCUCCAUACACUCUUUUCCUUCUCCUUCUCUUUCUCCCUUCUUUCCCAAAAAUGGGAACAGUGGAAAUAGAAUCCCCCAUAACCAAACAACAAGACAUAAAUGAAGAUGAUGAAGUUUCUCCUGUUGAACAAGUCCGUUUAACCGUACCCAAUACCGAUGACCCGACCCUACCCGUAUGGACAUUCCGAAUGUGGAUCCUUGGUUUACUCUCUUGCAUUAUCCUUUCAUUUCUCAAUCAAUUCUUUUCCUACCGAAAAGAACCCCUCAUUAUUACACAAAUUACAGUACAAGUUGCUACACUACCUAUUGGACAGUUCAUGGCAGCUGUAUUACCCACAACUAAAUUUCGGGUUCUCGGGUUCGGGUCGAGAGAGUUUUCUCUUAACCCGGGUCCGUUUAACAUGAAGGAACAUGUACUGAUUACAAUUUUUGCUAAUGCUGGUUAUGCAUUUGGAAAUGGAUCUGCUUAUGCUGUUAGUAUUGUUAAUAUUAUUAAGGCUUUUUAUGGAAGGAGUAUUUCUUUUGGUGCUAGUUGGCUUCUUAUUAUUACUACACAGGUUUUGGGAUAUGGUUGGGCUGGGCUUUUAAGGAAAUACGUAGUUGAGCCUGCACAUAUGUGGUGGCCCAGUACACUUGUUCAGAUUUCCCUUUUCCGUGCAUUGCAUGAAAAAGAGGAAGACGAUGAAGACAGUGAAAUUGUGAAUGGCAAUGGAAACAAACGGCCAAUGUCGCGUGCAAAGUUCUUUGUGAUAGCACUUGUAUGCAGUUUUUCGUGGUACAUAUUCCCCGGUUAUAUCUUCCAAACUCUAUCGAGUAUUUCAUGGGUGUGUUGGGCAUAUCCAAACUCCGUCACUGCUCAACAGAUUGGAUCAGGUCUGAAUGGCCUUGGAGUCGGAGCAUUCACGUUAGACUGGGCUACUGUAGCUUCAUUCUUGUUCAGUCCUCUUAUCUGUCCAUUCUUUGCAAUAGCCAAUGUCUUUGUUGGCUAUUCCUUGAUUAUGUAUGUAGUGAUUCCUAUAUCCUAUUGGGGGUUCAACGUCUACAACGCCAAGAAUUUUCCUCUGUAUUCCUCUGACUUGUUCACCGCACAAGGUCAGGAGUAUAACAUAUCACUGAUUGUGAAUAACCAGUUUGAGCUGGAUCAUGCGGAGUAUGAUAAGCAAGGGAGAAUAAACCUGAGCCUUUUCUUUACUCUCACUUAUGGGUUCGGAUUCGCCACCAUUGCGUCUACUCUUACUCACGUCGCCUUGUUUUAUGGAAGAGAGAUUUACCAACGCUAUCGAGCUUCCUCAGAAGGAAAGGUUGAUGUUCACACGAGGCUGAUGAGAAGAUACAAAGACAUACCUUCGUGGUGGUUUUACUUGCUUCUUCUCGUGACAAUUCUUAUAUCGCUUGUCCUUUGCAUCUUCCUGAAGAACCAAGUUCAGAUGCCUUUCUGGGGACUCCUCCUCGCAGCUUUCCUUGCUUUCAUAUUCACGCUUCCCAUCAGCAUCAUUACCGCAACAACUAAUCAGACUCCUGGUCUAAACAUAAUCACCGAGUACAUUAUGGGGGUGCUCUAUCCUGGAAGACCUAUCGCUAAUGUGUGCUUCAAGACCUAUGGCUAUAUGAGCAUGACACAAGCAAUCUCCUUUCUGAGUGAUUUCAAGCUUGGUCAUUAUAUGAAGAUACCUCCGCGAUCAAUGUUUUUAGUUCAGUUCCUUGGAACCAUAAUUGCAGGAACAGUUAACCUGAGCGUUGCAUGGUGGCUCUUGGAUUCGAUUGACCACAUCUGUCACCAGGAUAAAUUUUCCAACAGCCCUUGGACUUGUCCCGGUGAUCAUGUCUUCUUUGAUGCAUCAGUCAUUUGGGGUCUCGUGAGUCCUAAGCGGAUAUUUGGCCAUUUAGGCAAUUACUCAGCAUUGAACUGGUUCUUUCUUGGAGGACUGCUUGGACCAGUUGUUGUAUGGUUACUACAUAAGUCGUUCCCAAAGCAAACGUGGAUACCCCUCAUCAACCUUCCUGUGCUUCUUGGAGCCACAGCUAUGAUGCCACCAGCAACUGCACUCAACUAUAAUUCUUGGAUUUUGGUCGGGACAAUUUUCAACUUUUUCGUUUUCAGGUACAGGAAGAGAUGGUGGCAGAGGUAUAACUAUAUCCUUUCAGCAGCUUUAGAUGCCGGAGUCGCAUUUAUGGCUGUGUUGCUCUAUUUUAGUGUGGGAAUGGAGAAUAGAAGCAUAAAUUGGUGGGGAAAUAAUGACCCUGAGCAUUGUGAUUUGGCAACUUGUCCUACAGCAAAGGGCAUAUCUAUAGAUGGUUGUCCAACCUUUUAGUUUCUUAAUGUUUUUGUUGUUCUACCUACUUUGGUUUACACAUUGUUAGGGAAAUUCCCUGUGAAAUCAACAAAGAAAGGCCAAGCCAUAUAGCUUAAUUGUUGAAUUCUCACGUAUGAAUUUGUAUAUAACUUUUCAUUCUUGUAUGGUGAAGCAAUUUGAAGUUACACAAAGAUUGGGAAGUCAAGUGCUACCACACUUUGAUUUCUGGGCUGAUUGUCUGAUUUCUGUAUGAUAAUUGGGAGAAUUGAAUAACUUACUGAGAAUGUUUGUUCCAA